UUAUAAUCCAUCAAUGCCUGAAUGUGGUGUGGAACUCGGACAUAGAUCUCUUGACCCAGUGAAACUUGUCAGCUUCGGCCUCCAAGAGGGCUGUUGCUGCGAUAGCCAGCAGCCAAGGUGGCAAACCUUGAGCUACUGUGUCCAUGUAAGUACCUGACCAGGGCGGGCUGACCAUUUGGAAACUCGGGCACUGCCCGAGGGCCCGGUGUCAGUAGGGGGCCCCAUGAGAUGCCCCUGGUACCUUUUUCAUAGGCUUUUUUGAGUUUGGGCAAGGACACAAGGGCCCCAUGAUCCCCUAUUGCCCGGGGGCCCCAUGA